AUGGCUUACGAGGGUUUUCGCUCCUCUCAGCCCUAUGACAAGGGCGGCUUCACCACCCCCAACACCUAUGCCAGCCCACAGCCCUUUCGCGCCUCUGGGCCGCCUCCCUUCCCCGACAGCUGCAGUGCCACGUCAGAUGGCAGCCGUUUCCCACCCCAGCACCCGUCUCCAAGUCCACAAUGCCAACCGCCGCCACCUGCCCCCAUCCCUCCUCCACCCACCACUGAUCUCGCCGACCCGUUGACCGAUCCAAUGCGGUUCUAUCAGAACCAGCACACCCCCCAAAGGGACCCGCCUCCGUUCCAGCAGAAGAUUGAUGUGCCCCCCGAAGUCAUCGCGCAGAUUACCGCCAGCGUGGUGCAGCAGCUACAGGGCCUGAACUUCGCUGGCAAUUCUGCCGCCCCUGCCCCAAACCAUCCUGCCCACAAUACCAGCUUGGCACCGUUCACUCCGUCCGUUUCAGAGUUCUCUCACCCGUCCACCACUCAAGUCUACACGCCGCCUUCGCCGUUUAGAGGACCGGAAGGCUCGUUUCAGUCCCCCCAGUUCUCAAAUGUGCAAUUCGCCCAGAUUCCACACAAUUUUGCCCAGGCCCCUCCAGUGGAACAUGAUGACGACGAGUCUCAGUCCCCUUUCGACAGACCAGGUACCAACCGGCCUAAGCCGUCGCGUCUUUCUACACAAGACGAAACUCCUGUCGAGAAGACCUGGGGACAGCUGUUUGAUAGAGAUGGCGUGCCCACUUCGCGAUUUGGGCAGCUCGUGCGCGGGGUUGCCAUGCACUUGAUUCAAUCGUAUGCUCCUGGCAACACCUUAGUUGUUACACCCCAGAAAAUGCAGAAAUACUAUGAAGACACCAAAUCACCAGGUGGUCCGUAUGCAUGGAAUGAUGUAUUUGACGAUAGAACAUCCUCAAUCUCUCGUCUUUAUAGAGAAGUUCAAGCCGAACAUCAUUUGAUUCAAGACCGCACCGAUGAAAGGCCCGAUAUUCCGGGCCUCACACCUGGCGGAUUCGAACGCUGGAUGAGACUUAUGGUCGUCGCUUAUCCAGACCAAGAAUGCGAGCGACUUCAGAGGACCUUGCUUGAGAUGCCGAUAAGUAAUCCUGAUGAUCCUAAGGAACGAUUUCCCAAAGAUCUUCCUAGACGUUUAUUCCCAAAAUUCCCCGAUCAUAAUGCAAGAGGACAUAUGGACCAUUGCAUUCUCACCCAUUGCCGUGUCAGCCCUUCAAGAUAUGUCAUGAGAGACGAUGCACAAUAUGACAUUCCUCGUCAUCGUCGUGGCUCUCCUCCACUUGGCGCCCCGUUACCAAGCUCUGAUCCACGGUUGAGUUCUCCCUUUGAAAUAGAAGAAGACGAAGUCGAGGAUGAUGUUGCCCCGGCUCAACCUAUUGAACGAGAAAGGAAGCCAUAUUCUGUACAAAUCCCAAAUCAGAAAUUAAACACGAACGCUCCCAUUGAGCAGGUCAAGCAACGGGAGGGUGCACGUGGCGGCCGUCAAAGUCCUAUCAUGAGGUCCAAACAUGAUUCAAAGGACUUUAGUGGAUCUGAGUAUCCCUUUGUGAAGACACCCACCUCAGCUAGGCCCCGCGAGGAUACUACACCCCGAUAUCGCGAUCAGCCACGGGAGAAAGAGACCAAACCAGAACGUGUCCCUGAAUUUGGAAGGGAAAAGCAUAGCAACCAGCAAGCAUACGUAAACUGGGAAGACGAGGAAGAUUAUUACCGACCACCAAGCCCCGUUGCAGCAAAGGCUGGUCGACGUAGCCCAGCUUAUGAUGAAUCGGCUGACUGGCCCUUUCGUUAA